UAUACCCUACAGCAACAGUUUGGUCUGUCAUUAUUUUGUAAUGAAAAAAUGUGUGCCAAAUAAGUUAAUGGGCCGUAUGGGGACAGCACAGCAUUCACCACAAACCUUCAUUGACUGUCCCACAGUCAGUCUAAUAAUGUGUAUGGAAGGCUGAUCAGGAGAGAAACGAGUACAAAAUGUACUCGACAACUUCCAGCUUGUUGGUUUUAGGUCUUUGCUGCUUUGAGAUGAAACAAGCAACCAUCAAAUCAUCUUAUAUUGGUCCCUAAUGACAUCUUUAUUCUGAAUAUCCAACAGUGAAAUUCCUUAUACAAAAUAUCUAUCCAUGGUCUUCCACUCAUCAGUUCAAAUACCUCAAGACUGCAUAAAAAAAUAUUUGGUAAGGUGUGAUGACGAUGGAAUCAGUCAUUGAAGUAAAUCAGAGAGAGGGUGAGCUGACAUCAUCUCCCCUGCCAUCCAGUGAAAAUAGCCAUCAGCUUUCUCCAGAGACCGGACAUCUUGACAGGGCAUCCAGUUUGACUCGUGUCUGCAGUAGAGAGCCUUCAGAGUCUGAUCCGCUGCUUCCCAAUGCUUUUUACGGGGCGACAGUGAACAUAUCACAAGAUGAGCCACAGAAUAUCCAGGAGAUGCCAAGUGAGUCAAUCAGGGCCAUGGUUUUACAGAUUUUGUUUCCAUUCCUGCUUGCGGGUUUUGGUACGGUGCUGGCUGGGAUGCUGCUGGACGUAGUGCAGCACUGGGGCGUUUUCCGCAACGUGACUGAGAUCUUCAUUCUUGUCCCACCUCUGCUGGGCCUAAAGGGAAACCUGGAGAUGACGCUGGCUUCUAGACUUUCCACUGCUGUGAAUGUUGGCAGAAUGAACUGUUCAACAGAGAAGUGGAACCUGAUCAAAGGAAAUCUUGCUCUCAAACAGGUACAAGCAACCGUUCUGGGCUUCCUCGCUGCUCUCGUGGCUUCGUUUCUUGAAUGGAUCCUGAAAGGGGAGCUGAUUACAAACCAUGUAGCUCUGCUUUGCGGUUGUAGCGUGGUGACGGCAUUCACAGCAUCCCUGCUGCAGGGCAUCUUAAUGGUUGGUGUGAUUAUUGGAUCCAAGAAGGUGGGUAUCAACCCUGAUAACAUAGCCACGCCCAUCGCUGCCAGUUUUGGUGACCUCAUCACACUUGGACUGCUGGCUGUCAUCAGUCAGGGCUUGUUUUACUGCAUGGAACCUUACCCUUAUAUCACAUACCUGGUAUGCCUUUUCUUCCUGUGCCUAACACCGAUGUGGGUGAUUCUUUCAUUUCACCACCCUGAAAGCCAAAAGCUGCUAUUUUCUGGCUGGGAGCCAGUAAUAACCGCAAUGGUGAUCAGCAGUUUUGGAGGAUUAAUUCUGGACCGAACAAUCACAUAUCCACAGCUUGAUGGUCUUGUUCUCUACACUCCUGUUAUAAAUGGUGUUGGUGGUAACCUGGUUUCCAUUCAGGCCAGUCGUAUAGCCACAUAUCUUCAUUUCAAGUGUCCCCUGGGCGAGCUUCCAGAAGGCACUAAAGGAUGCUACUGCCCCUGCCGCAACUUUUGCUCCAAAGGGCCGAAUGGAAGAUCAGCACAGGUGCUGCUCACAUUGGUCGCUCCAGGCCACCUGGUCUUCAUCUACACAAUUUACAUAAUACAAGGCUCCCAAUCUCCACCCACUGCUGUCUUCAUUUUCUUCUACUUUGUUGCUGCAUUCACACAGGUGCUCCUCCUGAUGAGCAUCGCUGAUGUGAUGGUUCAUUGUUUGUGGAGAUACGGCAGGGAUCCCGAUAGCUACUCCAUCCCAUAUCUGACAGCUUUGGGGGAUCUUUUGGGCACUGCCUUACUUGCACUGUGUUUUUUUCUGAAGUCACUGGUGACAUAAUUUACAGAUUUCAUUUGAUCUUAUCUUUCAGCACUCUCUGAUGUGCUAGUAUACAUCUUUGUCAUUCCUCUCCACAAUUCAGCCAAUUGACUUAGUGGAUGACUUAACUUGAAAUAGUUUAAAUCACUGUAUUCAAUUCAAUGAAUCGCAUGUGACAAUAGUAGCAACUUCUCAUGGCUGCCAUAUAGCCAUGUGCACUGAAUAAACAGCUGCUACUGUUGUUUGUUUCUGCAAGUCAUCUUAAAUAUUUGAUUUUAGCAUAUCUUCCUGGAUCAUUAAUUUAAGUCAAUUGUGAAAUUUUUAUUCUUAAAGUGAACAAUUAGUCCAUGCAAGUUAAAUAAUCCACUGAAAAAAAUAGGUUGUCUUGGUAAUCUUGAAUGAAAGUCUUACCAUUUGCUUCCACUCUUGGGGGAACCUGAGGUCUUCCAUAGCAACUACAUAUUGAUACCCAGUUUAUAAUAAAUGUCUUUAAAUGACUUUAAAUUAGUUAGAUAUAAACAAAGGCCAGCUCCAAAUGGGCAGGUCAGACCCAAACAGAUGUUGAUCCAGGAACAUGACCUAAUUGGUGAAAUCACACUAAACCUACCCCUUAGAGUAACCUGUUGUGUUUCAUUCCUAAACCUACCCCAAUAAAAAAAAGUAAUUAUUGUUGUACAGUGUCAGAAAAAUGAUGCUAUUAUGUACACAUUUUUAGUAGCCGCAGCUGUAACCCUUCUAGCCGUAACCCAGGCCUAGGAGAUCUCCAGGCUGCAGCGGUAUAUACUUGAAUUAAAUUGCUUUGAUUGGAAAUAUUUGGCAACCACAUACAGUUUGUGGGUUUAAUUUUUAUAUUUAUGAAUUGAUGUUCAUGAUGCAUUUUAAAGAGUAUAAAA